GCGCAUUGCGUAGUUACAAUUUGUCACUUUGAACAUCCAGACGUGUUUUGUGGUUUGCUCCGCAGAGAGCACUUGCUACUUGCUAGGGUUUUUUUUUGAUACUAUAUCUUGCUCUUGCUCCUACUAGCUAGGGUUCUACUGCGUUUCUAGUGGUAGAGUGUACUGUGUGUUGGGUGUUGAGCUGGUCUGUGCAGUGCAUCGAUAUUCAGAAAUUUGCUGCAGCUCUCCGUUUAUGAGAGUGUGGUGACUCUAAGUUUUCACGAAAACGUAUGUGCUAAGUGCAUUACCUCUGCUGCUGGGGAACAACUUCUCAGCUGUGCUGUGGCUGGUGUUGCAUCAGAUGAAAAUCUUUCGAAUGUUCCAGGACGGUUUUUCUGGUGUUGUUUGACUCGAAAAAAUUGUGCGAUUGAGCGAAAAGCUGGGAUUGAUUUUUUUCUAUAUUAUUUCAUCAAUCGGGUUGCUACGAGUGCGAAAAGCAAGAGGUUGUAAGGCGUAAAAAAAGGAAGUUGGGGAAACGGGGUAGGCGCAUGUUUUGCGUUUCUUUGUUCUCGUGUUGGGAAAUUCUUCUUGAGCCUUGGUUCGAUAUUUAAGUAGGCGACGGAAGUUAGUUGGUUAGUUUUGAAAACGGGCUGACAUUUUGUUGACAGCAGAAAAGAGAAGAGUAGAGUGUUGAAAAUUUUAUUUUCUAGACUUAUUUUUUUUGCGAUUUUUGCUGCCAAGUUCGGAAGCGUGAGUGAGUGCAUGAGCUUUUGAGAGAACUCGGGGGAAAAAUAAUUGAAGCAACAAUAUGGCAGACAGUCUAGUUGAAACGCCAGCAUCCAGCUCCAGCCAUUUGAUGAAUCUGGGCGGAGGCAUGAAUCAGAUGCCAGCAGAUUUGCAGGCUGGUUCCUCGUCCGGGGCUUCGUCGUCGGCAGCCUCGGUUGUGGCCACAGCUUCCACAUCAUCGUCCUCGACACUGCUCAUUUCGGUGGCCGCAGCUCCGGCCCACGGAUUGAAUUUGUCCGAGCAAAUCAUGGCGGGUGCCCAUCAAGAGUUGAAUUUGAGUCUGGGUGGAAGCAGCAACAGCAAUAUCAAUACUGGUAGCAAUUCGGCAGCCAGUCAGUUGGAAUCAAGUAAAGAUUCUGCCAAAUCUGGCCGCUCGAUCGACCAUCCGGACGACGAUGAACCGGAAGCCAAGCGUAAAAAAAUCGAUAAAUCUACGACGAGCAAAAUAUUUGAGAAACUGGAAGCCCGUCUCGGGGGAAUUCUUUGCUGCGCCGUCUGCCUAGACCUGCCAAGGACUGCGAUGUAUCAGUGCUCGAUGGGCCAUUUGAUGUGCGCUGGAUGCUUCACACACCUGCUGGCAGAUGGCAGACUUCGUGAUCAGAAUGCUACAUGCCCCAACUGCCGUACAGAGAUAAGCAAGAACAAUUCAUCUCGUAAUUUGGCCGUCGAGAAGGCCGUUUCGGAACUGCCCAGCGAGUGCCAAUACUGCGGCAAUGAGUUCCCGAACAAAUCGAUCGAGUAUCACGAAAGCAACGAAUGCGAGGAACGUCCUACAGAUUGCAAGUUCUCCCGUAUCGGAUGCCAAUGGCGUGGACCAAUCCACGAGGUCCCGAACCAUGAGACCAACUGUGCGCAUCCGAAAAAAUCCGGAGCCGAAGUUAUGGUCGCUCUGCAGGCCCACGAUGCUCGUGCCGCUGAAGAGAAGAAGCUUUUCCUGACCUUGAUCGAUCUCUUAAGCUAUGAGAAAAUCAUCUUCAACGAUCUUCAACUAAAGCCAUACCGCACCGAUGAGUACGUGCAUCGUUUGUACUACGAGACUUCGCGGUUCUCAGCCUUCAACCAUCAGUGGGUUGUCAAAGCAAUCAUCAACAAAAGCCAACGGGAUCCGCACCAAUCGUGCGAGCGGGAUAUCACUUAUCAGUUGAUUCUGAAGUCGAAAACGACCAGCCCGCUGUCGAUGCAUUUCUUCGUGCUGCGAGGCCCCUUCUCGGACAUCAAGGUCAGCACCCAGAUCUACAAGCACGAUUUCACCGAGACGGAAACGGAAAGCCCGCUGGCCCUGAUGCCGCUGCCCGAUACUUCGGAAUGCAACCGGCUGCUGGCGGCCAAGGCGAUCAAUUUCCGGUUGAUCAUGUUCUUAGCAUCCAAGUAAGCACCGCGUACGGCCGAAAGGCGCCCUCGGAUUUCGAAGGACGCGGAACCUGGAACAGGUUCAGCAGCGCCCCCGUAAGAUGAGAUGAUUUAUUCUCUCCGGGCUCUUGAGGGAGUGGCUCAAAACAUGUUGCAUCAACAUUUUUUCAACAACACUGCUUUGAUUGUGUGUGUUCCGAUUUUAUUUUUUACGAUGUUAAAUUUUCGAAAGCUUUAGUUUAAAAUACCGGGAACCGGAAAAGAGUUUUUCGGUUCAACGGCGAUGGCCGAUUGGCCGUCUUUUUUUAGUUCGUAUGUAUUCGUUUACAUUUAAUAUUUUAAAGCUAUCUCUCCCGGAUAUCGGAAUCCUAACCAAACAUAUGUAUAUUUUAGUGAAUUAGUCAAUGAGUUUGCAAUACUACUAUUUUUAGUAUAUAUAUUUUUGUAACCCUUCUUAGUCUAGGAAGCGGAUAGGCGGAGCGCUAUGGAGCUGUGCUCUCGCUCUCUAUUUAUUAUCGUUACCGUUUCGAUGCUUCUUAAAAAUUGCUUAUGUUUUUUACAUAAUAUUUCAGUUCUGCUUUGCAAUUUUGGAACAGGAGAGACAACUUUUGUAUCGCACAAAUAAAUCGAAAUCAAUAGUGUACACACAAACCAACAACAGGAUAGUUUUAAAGACAAACCACUUCAACUAUUUAACCAAUGUUAUUCAAUAUGUAGCCAAUAGAAUGAAUGCAGUGCAUCUCUUAGACAUACCGGACACAGUUAUCGGUUGACGACAACGAAAGCAACUAACUUACUUACUAGGUAUUUCCGUUUCUGCAGAAAUUCCAUGUGAUCCGAGACACGUUGUGUAGAAUACAUUCUUUCCUUUUUCUCUUAAAAUCGUUACCUUUAAUGUAUAACGUUCAAUCAUGCGAUGCCAUUUUGAAAGUUGAGUAGAGAAAAAAAAAUCUGAACCAGAAACCGCGAGGGCGCGCGCCAUAUUUUGAAGCAAACCGAUGCAUUGCAUAAGGCAAACAACACGGCUUAAAAUUCGUUUGAUCUAGCGCAUUGUAAUGUAUAGUUUUUUUGCCAAUGAGAUUGUGUGAUAAUUGGAACAGGUUAGAACUGGAGAAACCCCCAAAUUCUGACUUGUCCCUCGGAUUCGUCCCAAAGUGAAAGUCUUGAUAAAAGUGCAUGAAUGUAACCUACGUUUAAUGGCGGUAGAAUGCAACGCAAACCCAUUUUCGCUAGUUCGUAAGCAAAGAAGCAAAAUUAUUAUUCACAGAACAAAUAAUAUGUAAUAUAUUUAAAACAAAACAAGAGAAAAAGCUACAAAAUAAAGCUUUCCACAGAAAACCACCCAGCCGGCAUUCGGCUACGUGACUUUGCUUGGAAAAAGGAUACCAAUAACGAUACAUGUGAACCUAUAGAGGACAUCUUAAAUGCUCCAGAGAAGCCGCGUAAAAGUUUCUUCGAUCGGUACCAGCUCAAUCAAUCGUGAAGGAGCAAAGCAAAUGGCACAUUGCAAUUUACAAGAUUCAUGAAAAUAGAACAACACACAUAACAUAUGUUCAUGUUAGGCUUCAUAUAGUCGCGAACCCAUUUAUUGACUUCUUGGCUGCUUACCAGCUUUGAUUACAAAAGGAAAAAAAAUCGUCAUCUUGCCGCAUCCCUGCGGCGGAUUUGUUUUAUUUUUCAUAUUUUAUGAGAUUCGACAAAUGAAUAAAUGAAAGAUAUAUUUAUAGUGUAUCUCGCUGUAACAUAGUGUUAAGGAUAUUUCUCAUCGUGCGUAAGAUGUUUCGCCUUUUUCAUUUAUUUUCCCACAUAAGCAUAUAUAUUUUAUUUACCAAUUUUCUUGUUUUCUGUAAUAAAUUUAAAUUUACUCUAAUGAUAA